AUGUCUCAAACUACGAGUACCUCUCGUACGAAGACGACCAUGGUCGUGGGAGAUCAAUCUUUGGACGUUGCUGAGCUCCAGGAAAUCAGACUGGAGAAUGUCAUUGCGAAAGACCAACUUGAGAUGGCCAAACUUUUGAAGGCGGCGGAAUCCCAGGGAUUUUUCUACGUUUCCUUUAACGACGACCUCUCAGACAAAAUCUCAAGCCACCUAAAAACCUGCUACCUAAACCAGCAUGAGUACUUCGCCAAGCCAUUAGAAGAAAAGAUGAAGGCAUUCCGCGGGGAUGUGAUUCACGGCUACAAAUGCGCUGGCAUUGAAUCAUUCGAAAUUACUCGAGACGAGCAGAACCGGAUGAUGCUACCAAGCCCCUUCGCAGAACACGCUGAAUCGACACUAGAUCUUGCCAAUAUCUGCCACACCAUUGUACGCACACUUCUCCGCAGCAUCUCUGAUAGCCUUGGUCUUGGUGAAUCUUCGAGUCUAAUAAGUGCUCAUCGCCCCGAUGGGACAAGCGAAUCGGGAAUAAAGUUUGUCUCUGGUCCAACCAAAGCGUCCAUGGCCGAUGUACCCGAUACUACUCACACCGACGUUGGCUCGAUCACCUUGCUCUGGUGCGAGAAAUGGGCUACUCAGAUGCAAACUAAGGAAACGAAAGAGUGGUUAUGGGUAGAUCCCAAACCGAAUCGGGUUUUGGUCAAUAUCGCAGACUAUCUGCAAAACCAGACCGGUGGCCGCCUACACUCCCCAGCGCAUAAAGUGAGCCAGCCAUCCAGUGGUGCUGAGGACCGAUAUUUUGUGUCCUACUUUUUGCGACCUAAUCAUUGA